AUGCUUUUCUACCGCCCUCCGGCUCGCCUUUCUUGGAUUUCUACUUUCAGAUCAAUUCGCAAGAUCCCCCUCCCUUGUGCCAGGUUCUUUUCCACCUCUGUACCGCGUUACACCGUCGACAUGGGGCCCGUGGACACUUCCGAACGCUUGUCGAAGCUCAGGCAGUUGAUGGGGGAGCACAAGGUGGAUGUAUACAUCAUCCCUUCAGAAGAUAGCCAUCAGUCGGAAUACAUUGCGCCGUGUGAUGCUCGUCGAGAAUUUAUUUCUGGUUUCUCUGGAUCGGCCGGUACUGCCAUUGUGUCCAUGACCAAGGCGGCUUUGUCCACAGACGGGCGAUACUUCAAUCAAGCUUCCAAACAGCUGGACCAAAACUGGACUCUUUUGAAACGAGGCGUUGAAAAUGUUCCGACUUGGCAGGAAUGGACGACCGAGCAAGCGGAGGGUGGUAAGGCCGUUGGUGUUGACCCAGCCUUGUUCACAGCCUCGGACGCACGCAAACUCGCCGAGACCUUGGAAAAGAACGGCUCCUCGUUGGUGGGAAUUCAACAGAACCUGGUCGACCUGGUCUGGGGCAAGGACCGACCUGCAGCCCCAAGAGAACUGGUCAAAGUCCACCCGCUGAAAUACGCGGGGAAGAGUUUCCAGGAGAAAAUCGGCGAUCUCCGUAAGGAGCUUGAAAACAAGAAGAAAGCUGGAUUUGUUAUCUCCAUGCUGGAUGAGAUUGCUUGGUUGUUUAACCUGAGAGGGAACGAUAUCCCAUACAACCCCGUCUUCUUCGCGUAUGCCAUCGUCACACCCAAUGCCGUCGAGCUCUAUAUCGAUGACGACAAAUUGACCCCGGAAGUCAAGGCUCACUUGGGCCAAGACGUUAUAAUUAAGCCUUAUGACUCUAUCUAUGCCGACGUCAAGGCCCUUAGUGAAUCCAGGAAGCAGGCUGCAGGAGAGGAAGGCGCCAAGUUCCUGCUGUCCAACAAAGCCUCAUGGGCGCUGAGCCUUAACUUGGGAGGCGAAGAACAAGUUGAGGAAGUCCGCAGUCCUAUUGCGGACUCUAAGGCUGUGAAGAACGAAACGGAACUCCAUGGAAUGCGGGCUUGUCAUGCCAGGGACGGCGCUGCUUUGACGGAAUACUUCGCUUGGCUUGAGAACGAAUUGAUUAACAAGAAAUCGACCCUCGAUGAAGUCGAUGCUGCAGACAAGCUAGAGCAGACCCGGGCUAAACAUGACCUUUUCGUCGGCCUGUCGUUUGACACCAUUUCUUCUACCGGUGCCAAUGCCGCUGUGAUUCAUUAUAAGCCUGAGAAGGGGGCUUGCUCUGUCAUUGAUCCCAAUGCCAUUUACCUGUGUGACUCUGGUGCCCAGUAUUUGGACGGGACGACCGAUGUGACUAGAACAUACCAUUUUGGAACACCAACUGCACUUGAGAAGAAGGCCUUCACUUUGGUCCUUAAGGGACUCAUCGGUAUAGACUCUGCCGUUUUCCCGAAGGGUACCAGUGGAUUUGCGCUGGAUGUCCUCGCCAGGCAAUUCUUGUGGAAGGAAGGACUCGAUUACCUCCACGGAACCGGCCACGGAGUUGGUUCUUAUCUGAAUGUUCAUGAAGGACCGAUGGGUAUUGGUUCCCGUGUGCAAUAUACCGAGGUUCCUAUUGCCUCCGGUAACGUCAUUUCUGAUGAACCUGGAUUCUACGAAGACGGCAAGUUCGGGAUCCGUAUCGAGAACAUCAUCAUGGCGCGCGAAGUGCAAACAAACCAUAACUUUGGCGACAAGACAUGGCUGGGCUUCGAGCACGUUACAAUGACACCCAUCGACAAUAACCUCAUCGAGCCAUCCCUCUUGUCGGAUGUCGAGAUUGAGUGGGUGAAUAAGUACCAUGCGGAGAUUUGGGAGAAGACUCACCACUUCUUUGAAAAUGAUGAGUACACACGGCACUGGCUCCAGCGGAAGACGCAACCUAUUUCUAAAUAA